CUGGGCCUUGAGACAAUCAAUGUCAACUAUCCUGCAGAUCAAUGGAUUGAGACAAUCAAUGUCAACUAUUCUGCAGAUCAAUGGCUAGUCUGCACUGUUGAGGCUUUAGAAAACCAAGAAAACGUUGGUGCAAGUGUCUACUCUGAACUCUUCUCUUUCUUCGCCGUAGCGAGACACAAUAGAUCCGCUUUCGAAGGAGAAAUAGAGGCCAUUAGGAUAGCACUAUGCCAAUUAAGUUGCCUCGACACGAAAUUCACCAAAGCGGUGGUACUUUCGGACUCACAGUCAGCAAUAAACUCAAUUGGAAGCAGAGAGCCACCCAAAACAGCUGAGAUAAAGGAAUGUAGAAAACUCUAUCAGAUGCUGAGAGAAAAAAACAAAACAGUGGUCCUACAAUGGAUUCCUAGUCACUGUGGCAUUAAUGGCAAUGAGCUUGCUGACGCACUUGUUAAGAAGUGGACAAUAAUUUUGCAAUGCAUGGACCGGCCGAUGUCUUUCCACACAUACCUUAGAGAGAAUUCCAGACCUCAAGGUUCAACGAACUCAAAGCUGGAGAAUUCAAGACCUCAAGGUGUAACGAACUUAAAACUCGAACAAAGGGAAACAGUGAACAGUGACAAUCUCCAACAUAGUCGACUGGCCAAGGAUCAAAGCCGUUGCUGA